AAAAGAGUGGGCUGUUUCAGGUGUGUGAGGUGGGUACGGCGGGACUCCAUAGCCGGGGUUUGGUGACAAGGGGAUGGAUGGUCUGCCGGGUGUGAGAAGCGACUCGGGUAGCAGAGCUCCCACAUCCGAAACUGAAGCACGCUUUAUCACCCUGCCAAAAGCCCGAGGCAGCGCCUGCUCUGCAUAUCAAUGUUCAGGCUCAGCAGCCCGGCUUCCUUGCCCGUUCCUAUCUCUCCUUGUAGACACACAAGCAAUUUGUGCCAAGUUCAGCAGCGGUACAGUUACAGCAAAGCACUUUUGUAUCUUGCAGGCAAAAGGAAUGUAGAUAUCUUCCUUCCUCUACACGUGAUUGGUAGUUUGAGGCUCAGUUUUAAUACAUUCUAAUUUAGUGUGGUACAGUCUGUUUAGUUUCAGCUUCUGGUUUUCUCGCCAGGCUAGAAGGCAUUGGAAGGUGAUGAAUCAGCAGAUCAGCAAAAGGCCUCUGAGUGAAGAUGUGGAGCGAGUAUCUGAAAAUCCAACAGAGGAGAGAGAAGGAGAUAUGGAAGUUCAUGAAGAUUCCAGCUCUGUUAUUUUACCAGAUGGUGAACUGGGUACCACUACCCCUUCUUUGCGUUUCAGCAAGACCUGCCUAAAGAAUGUUUUCUCAGUAAUACUCCUGUUUAUUUAUCUGCUGCUCAUGGCUGUAGCUGUAUUCCUUGUCUACCAAACCAUCAGUGACUUCAGGGAGAAGCUCAAGCACCCAGUGAUGUCUGUCACUUACAAGGAAGUGUCCUUAUAUGAUGCACCUGGUAUUGCCUUUUACCCAGGCAAGGCUCAGCUGCUCAGCUGCAAACACCAUUACUACGAUCACAUUCCACCUCUGGUAAAUCCAGGUCAGCCAGGAGACAUUGAAUGCACCACUCAGAGGAUCAACUACACAGAUCCUUUUACUAAUCAAACUAUGAAGUAUGCUUUGGUUGUUCAAGGCCCUCGUGAUGUGAAGAAAAGGGAGCUGGUGUUUUUGCAGUUCCAUUUAAAUGAAACAAACCAAGAUUUCAGUGCCAUUGACUACCUGCUGUUUUCCUCUUUCCAGGAGUUUGUCAGCAGUUCAGAAAAAGCAAAAUUCAUGAAGGACUGUGAAAGCUCAUACUCCAGCUGGAAGUUUUCUGGAGGCUUCCGAACUUGGGUCAAGAUGUCCUUGGUCAAAACAAAAGAAGAAGAUGGUAGUGAGACUGUUGAAUUCAAACAAGAGACCAGUGUGGUUAACUACAUUGACCAGAGAACUAAACCAGGGAGUGACCAGCUGUUCUUUGUGGUGUUUGAAUGGAAAGACCCUUUCAUACAGACUGUUCAGGAUAUUAUCACAGCAAACCCCUGGAACAUGAUUGCUCUUCUCUGUGGUAUCUUUCUGGCCCUGUUUAAGGCAGCAGACUUUGCUAAGUUAAGUGUUAAGUGGAUGAUCAAAAUCCGAAGAAGGCAUCUGAAGAGGACUCGUCAAGUAACAAACCACAUAAGCUGAGCCUAAGACUGCCUUUAAACUGUUCAUAGCAGGAGGGAUAGAAAAUAACUGGAAUGAACUGCAAUCAGCAAUUCAAGCUGAAAACCAGGUGUGUUUUCUUCCAGAGAGAUGCUGGCUGGAAGAACAGCCUCGUGAACCGGCCUUGGAACUGCAGAGGUGCUAACUCUAGGACAGGUCUAACAAACUCACGCUUUUCUAGUCCAAGUUUAACAUGUUUACCUCCGUGUAUGGGGGAACCAGGGGGAAAGGAGGGAACUCAGUAAUGUUCAGAAAGUCAUCACUGUAGUAAAUUGUGAAAAAGUGGACAGUGUUUGAAUGUUUCUCCAGCAGACCCUUUAGUUUCUGCAUCAGCUGUGAGCUGCUCCCGUAGCACAGUCCCUGCCCUGAUGGUGCUUAGUGGAAGGCAAAGGGCUCUGAAAACAUCCUGGCCUCUCUUCUCCAAAGUAUACUUUAAAACAAAAUACACUGGAAUUCCAUUACAUGUCAUCUUUAAAUCAAAGUACAAUGACUUUAAUAUUAAAAAAUAUUUCAAGUAA